ACAAAAAAAAAACCAAAUUUAUCCGGAGAACACAAAAAGAGAAAAACUACAAAGAAACUAAAAAGUGAUCGUCAACCCCGGGCCUAAGUCACAUACAUCCCCACGGAGUAAAACUCCGCCGCCACCAAUCAAUCAAUCAAUCAAUCCACCAAAUCCACCACCCCGAACCGGAAAGCCAAACCCCCCCGGUCCCAGGUCCCAGGUCCCCCAAAAUGGGCACGCCAUUCAUCUCGCACCUCGAGCCCUCGCGGCUAGACGGGUACGACCGCACGCGGCCUUACGACCAGCAACCAGGCCACGUGCCCAAGACGUUCAGCGACGCGAUGCAAGUGCGCGAGGCCGUCUUCGUGCGCGAGCAGGGCGUCCCGCUGACCAACGAGCACGACCCGGACGACGCGCGCUCCUGCCACUGGGUCAUGUACGCCAGCGUGAACUCCACCACCGAGCCCGAGGAGCGCGACCCCCGCUCCGGCCAAGUCACCAAGCCCCGCAAGUCCGAGACCCGCACCCUGCCCAUCGGAACCCUGCGCGUGGUGCCCUUUCCGCACCCCCCGCACCCCCCACCAGGUAGUAGGUACGUCGACAACGUGCUGGUGGACUACGAGAGUGAUGACGAUGGCGAGAAGAAGAAGGAGGAUGGUCACGGCACUGCUACUUCUUCCGGAACCGCAAGGCCUCGAGCCAGAACCCUGACGUCCGUAGACGAGGAGCGCCAAGCUUCCGCUUUACCUUUCGGCGCGGAUCGGCCUACGACAUACCACGACGGAAAGGAGCCGUACGUCAAACUAGGCCGCAUGGCGGUGAUUCCCGAGUUUCGCGGCCACCACAUCGCGGGCCAGUUGUGGCGAGCAGCCAAGAAGUGGCUCGAGGACAACCCGACCUUCUUCAACCCUAGCGUCACGGAAAUGGGCAUGGAUCAGCUCAAGGUCGGCACAGCUGCCGAUAUUCCCAAGUGGAACGGCCUGGUAUGCUGCCACGCUCAGGAGAGUGUGGUUAAGCUCUACGAGAGGUGGGGUUUCAAGGUCGACGAGGGCAUGGGCAGAUGGUACGAAGAGGGCAUUCCGCACGUAGGGAUGUUUUUACGACUGCAUAUCAAGGAGAGAACCCCGAAAGUAUAGUACUACAAGUAGGUCUGAAGGGAUAUCAGAAGUUCUCGAGCCUUGAUAUUAGGAGUACAAGGGUGGUAGUAUAAGCGCUACUUCACCGGGUGGCGUUGUGUUGCAUUGCGUUGCUAUUCUUACAAAGAUACCAGGUCAAUUAUGACUAGCUUCGUUCUCGGAUGCCAUUGCAUUUGCGAGAACCAUAUCAGUAGAGCAAAAAAU